UUUCGAGUCUGUUGGAAAUCCCGAGACGACAUUUUGAUAUCCAGUUUCUCAAGUAGUACGGUCUAAGAUUCGACGAUACAUUGGACAUUUAAAUCCUGUAGAAUUCAUUGUAAAAUAUCAUCGAUUGUUUACGUUUCAACGCAGAUAAACGCGAUAAUGGAACAAGAAGAGGAUCUUCGCGAAGCUGGCUUAGCGUCCUGCAACGCGACACCAAAAAAAUCACAAAGGACGCCGCGAGAUAGCGGGUCCAACAGAAGGGAGAAGAACUCGCGUUCGCAGGAGCACAGAUCUAGAAUUCAUUAUACUCCUGAUAACAGCCCUGACAAAUACAAGACGUUACAAAAUAGCGGGUCUUUUAUAAGGGGCGCGAAGUUACAACCCGAGACUGCUUCCAGCAAACGGAAAGCCCAAUCGUCUCACGAUGAAAAUCAGGAUAAAAUUCAAAGAACGUGCCCGAGCGGUAAAUUCGUAAACGCUUUGAUAGGGCAAUGGUCGAAGCAUAUGGGAGUACAGACUCCUCUGUCGCAGACGGUAGGGGAAAAUCCAGUUAUGGAAGAGAUGAAAUGGAAACACGCAAUGGAAGAACGGAAGAUACAAAUGUUGCAGAAGAAACUGCAGACUGCCGAGGAGACUAUAUCUUCGCUCUCAGCGUCGCGCGAUGCCGAAUUGCAAACCAAGGAGGAGAUACUGAGACAAAUAGACAGCGACUGGGAAUCAAUUACUAAAUAUUAUUAUCAAAUAUCGGAGAGCCUGAAGGAAUUCCAGCAGCACAAAGACAAUUUAUCCGCGUUGUACAAUAACGUUAUUCUUAUGCAACAAUCGACGGUGAAGACUUUGCAACAGGCAUUAAGUAACGUAAAAUUGAAAGACGAGGAACAGAGGAACCUCGUUGCUGCGGCUGAAAGUAAAAUUGUGAAUCAGGAAAAAAGAAUACAGGAAAUGACGAUUAUGGAGGCCGAAUUAAAGAAAAAAUUCGAGGACGUUAAAUAUCAAGCGAUUUCGGAGAAGAAUCGUUUAAAUAGCGUUCAUAUGGAAGAAAAAUUAGAAUUAACAAAAAAACAAGAAAAUCUCACAUCGGCGAACAAAGAAUUACAACUGCAAUUAAACACGAUUAUAAAGGAGAAGGAAAAUGUAACAAACUUAUUCGAAGAAAAAAAUAAAGAAUUCUCGAAAUUACAAGAAGAGAUUUUUACAUGCAAGAAUAAAAUCGAGAAUCUGGUAUGUCAGAACGCAGAAUUAAACGUAAAAUAUGAAAGAACGGUUAUCGAGGAUGCGGAAUUGACGAAGCAAUUAGAGUCAAAAGAGCAAGAAAUCGGUAGACUGCGAGAGAAUUUAAAUACGAGACAACAAAUAGAAUCAAGUUUAGCUAAUGAUCUUGAGAUGAUUGGUGAUAAAUAUAAGAAAAUGCUGAACGAUUUUGAAACCAUGGAAAAUAAAUUAAAGGGAACGGAAGUUCGUAAUUCGGAUCUUGAGAAGUCCUUGCAAGAAAUGAAAAACAUUAACGAGUAUAAACAGACAGAGCUAAACAAAAGGAUCGAAAGCUUGGAAAAAGAAAAGGAAAAAAUACUUUCAGAAAAACGUAAAAAAAUUCAGAAUCUAGAGAAUUCGCGUAAAUUAUUAGAAGAAAAGUAUGAAAUAGAAGUAACGACUUUGAAGAAAGACUUCGAUGCCAAACUGUCCGAAAUGAAGAAGACAAUAGCCACGAAAAAUUCUGCUUUCAUAGAGUUAAACGAUACCUUAAAUAAAAUGAAGGAACAAAAUCAGAAUAAACGAAUGAAACAUGACGAGGUAAAAGAAAAUCAAAGUAGCGCGAAGAGAACGACGCAAACAAAUAUAAAUGAAAUCUAUGAAACAGAGGAACAAGAAUUUCAAAGUGAAGCAAUUGUUGGUACAUCAAAGAUUACACAUCAGGAUAAAGAUGAAACAUCGAAUCAGAAACAACAAGAUAUAUAUAAUUUUAACGUGGCUGAAAUUAACAGGAAGGUGGAUAAAAUAAACCAAGAAAGGGAAGACAAGAAUGUUACAUCGCAGAAGAAUAAAAUCUUUAAAACACGUAAUACCGGAUUUAGACAAUAUGGAAGUUCGCGAAAGGGCAAGUAAGAAGCAGUUUCCCAGAUAUUAUAAAAAUUUAAUUUACUCGCUUAAAUCUGUAUCUUUCAAUCCAUUUUUCUUUUUUAUUUUUUUGUACCGAGACAAAUAUCGAGACAACGAUUUAAGGAGAUUUAUUCAUAAAUACGUAUAUUAUUUUUAAUAAUGGCACAUUUACUUAAGACAUGAAUUAAUGUGAAACAAUGAUUAUUCCCAAAAGAG